UAUCUCCACUACGUCAUCACUGUGCGUUCUGCGUUGAUUUUCCCAGAGUGGCCGGAAGUGUUGUGGAAAGGUACUGUUGUACAAGGGAGUGCAAAUGGAACCUGAAUUCAAGGAGUGCACUGGAGACACAGCGCUGCUCCCAGAGACCCUGGACAAUGUUUUAAAACUGUCUGAUCACAAAUCUGAGACACACAGCAGUCCUCUCGUAGACACCCUGCUGAACAACAAUGUAGGUGCCUGCAGUGACACCACGCAGGACCCCGGGAGCGAGGGUAAGACAGAGGAAGACAAGUUUUUCGACUGUGAGGAGACCCUGGAGAAUGUGUCUCAGGAAGAAGAGGAAGACUUCGACCUUAAAGAGGACCAGGUGUCGGAAUUCAAUGAGGAAUAUUUAAAAGAGUUAGAAAAGGAUUUAACAGAAGAAGAAAAACAGAGCAGAAAAGACGAAAGCAUGCAGUUAAAAGAAGGUGGAAACGAGCAGUUUAAGAAAGGAGAGUACACAGAAGCAGAGGACUCCUACGCUAAGGCUCUCACAAUAUGCCCUUUAUGUUAUGAAAAGGAGAGGUCCAUUCUGUAUUCCAACAGGGCUGCUGCUAGAAUGAAAAUGGAUAAAAAGGAGGAAGCCAUAUCUGACUGCACGAAAGCCAUAGAACUGAACCCAAAUUACAUCCGAGCUAUACUCCGGAGAGCAGAACUGCACGAGAAAACAGAAAAACUAGAUGAAGCCCUGGAUGAUUACAAAACCAUUGUAGAAAAGGAUCCAUCAGUGACACAAGCACAAGAAGCCUGUAUGCGGUUGCCAAAGCAGAUCGAGGAGAGGAAUGAGAAGCUAAAGGUGGAAAUGAUGAGCAAGCUUAAGGAUCUCGGCAACAUGUUUCUUCGCCCUCUUGGACUGUCAACAGAAAACUUUCAGGUCAACCAGGAUCCCUCCAGUGGCUCCUAUUCUGUUAAUUUUGUUCAAAAUCCGAACAACAACAGAUAAUGCUUUCCUGUUUAAAAGCUGCUGGCCCCCUCUCUUCCGCUGAUAUUACAAAAGCAGAUAAUCUGAUGGUGGUUCUGAUGGUUUCAGCAACUGCUCAAGCUAAUGGCUUCUAGGAAUUUGGAAAAAGAAGUUCCUAAAGUCAGCACUGGAUUCAUACAGAUCAGCUGAGAAGAGGUUGAGGUUGCCUAUAAUGCCUGAUGCCUUUGAUGAGCCUCACAGCCAGAGUUUAAUUUAAAGAUAAAUUAUUAAGACAUACAGCUGUAGUAUUUAGCAGCAGCAACAUGUUUUGUGACGCAGUAUCUGUACAUAGUUUGACUGCAUAGUACAUUUGUUAGACAUCAAAAAGCCAAUCGUAGUGUUUUUUUGUGUAGGUGAAAUAAAGAUGUAUUGGCAUUUUUUUGUUUUAUUAAACAGCAAUGGGCUAUUCUGGAAUCACACAUUAUCUUGCCUAUCUUUUAGAUUAAUCAUGGUUUCAGAAUAUUUCACUGUAAUAUGAGAGAGAGAGAAUUAUGUCUACGAAGGAACAAUAAAUACAAGCUAGUAAUAUUUUGAAAGGGGUGUUUGAUGUCGGUUUUCUAUAUAUAGGAAAGCUAUUUAAAUCUGAUUGGUUCAGUUGUUUUCCACGUAAUAUAAAGAGUUCCAAUAUCGAAAGGCUAAAGGUUAUCUGCAGGUCAUUCAGCAUUCUUAUUUGCUUAGCUUGCUUGAGUUCACCCCUAAGUAUUAAUGUAUAAGGCUAUACCAAAGUAGCUAUGGUGUCUUGCUAGUUUUUGUUAAUGGUGCAGCUUGCAGUGGAGUAUAAUCCUGACCCUUAUAUUCCAAUUGUAAUAAGCCCAAAUAAUUGAGAUUUCUUUAUUGUCAUACCUGUUAGGAUGGGAGAUUACAGUACAAAGCUGAGAAUCUGUUGUUUUUGUCUGCUAUGGGAUAUGGUUCCCUACAGUUUGCCACUAAUAUGAAAUGCAUUAUCUUUGCUUUCCAAAAUGGCAUCUUACUCCUCUCAUAGGGGUUGUUGCUCUAUUGUAACCAUUGUAUGAUGUGAAUGUAAAGAAAGGCGUUUGUUUUUACAGAUGAGCCCUAGUGCUCUAAAGUAUAUUAAACUUGGACUAGAUUUGAACUUAAGUUAUAACACAGUUUACGAUUAUGUGGUGUCUUUUUAUGUGUUGGUUUUAUAUUUGUUUGUUUGUUUUUACUAAAAGUGUAUGAGAAACACAUAUUUUGAAGCUGCCUUAGUUUAUAGAUUGAUAUGGUUUAAUUGUCUGGCAAUGCUAGUUUUUAUGUAAUGUCUUAUCAAUGUGGCAUAUAAGCUGCACAUUAAAGAUAAUUAAAAAAAUGUAUAUUCCAAAGAGCAUUUUCUUCUGUACCAUCAUUGUUUAAAUAUGGUUUGGUUUCUGGCAUUAGCUGUGAAUGGGCCCCUUGCAUAAAGUAAAAUACAUCAUGGCAAAAUAAGGCAUCAAUAUUACCUUCCUGUCUACUGUGACAAGGCAAAGCAAGCACCUUGUAUAGUUCAUCCUUCAGACUUAUUUGAGUCAUUUCAGUUUUUGCCAUGAGCUUAUUUAAUCAAGAAAUAUAAGUAACAAGCUCAGGUUAGUCCAAUUACGCUCAUAGUGAAUUGACAGCAUGUGCAGUGGUUGUUGAAUUGUUACCAAUGCAGAAUCCGAAGUCCUUUUCUCUACCCACAAGACACCCCUCCAGUGAAGUUCUUUCUGCAGAGCAGGCAGUAGGGACUAGAGUACAUGGUUAUGAUCUGGGUGUUUGCAGGAAUUCUUGCUGCAAUGUCAUUGUCUGGCUCAUAAGGUGUCAGAGCCGAUCAGCUGUAGCAGCUGCUGAUGUUCACAAUGCCCCCUGAUCUGAAUGUCAGUGACUCUGAAAGUGAUGUGGUGAAGUGGUGCUGCCCCCAGCCUGUUUGUGAUGCAAUUCCAUUACUUUUUACCACACCUCAUCAACAAACAUCAUGACGUGCUACCCACACGUCCCAUAACGCUUUAGGCUGUUCUGCUAAACAACAUGUCAGUGUUCAGAACACACAUUCAAAGCAUGAGGAUAAACAAUUUUUACAUUAUCAACUUCAUUCUAUCUUUUGACUAAUAAACUGUUCCUUUUUUUUA